AUGGCCAGACAAGUCAAGAGAAAGAGUCACAAUCGUGGCGACCAUGUGGUUGAUUUGACUAAACGAACCAAACAUGGUCGUGCUCAAAUGAGAACUGUUACUCGUACUGCAGCUAGAAAGCCUCGGGAUCAUCAAGAACCGGAACAAGAAGAGAUCGAAUCUUCAGAAGAAGAGCCAGAAGUUGAAGAAGAGCAAGAAGAAGAGUUUGAUAAGGGACAAGUCUAUAAUGCUCUUUUGACUUUGUUAAAGUCUGAUCAUAAGGAACAUAAACCUAAGAAACGAGUAGCUGAACAAUCAACUGAAGAACAAGUUGAAGAAGAAGAAGAAGAAGAAGAUAACGUAGCUGGAAUUAACAUGGAAGAGGAAGAAGAAGAUGCAGAUGAAGAUGUAGAUGACCAUAUUGACUUUGUUGACGAAGACGAAGAAUCCCCCAAAGGUUUAAAUCAAGACCCAUACGAAGUUCAUUUUAAUCAACCAUUGGAUGACUAUAUGGCAUCGCAAGAAAAGCUUUGUGUUAAGGAGAAUCAGAAAUGGAACAUUACUGAUAAGAAGGUCUUGAAUGACUUGUCUUUGACUUCUAUGUUGCAAGUUCCUCCCGGUGAAUCUGUUUCUAGACCAUUAUCCAAUGUGAAUUCCUUGGAUGAUUACUUGAUCAAGAAGAAAGUUUUGGAUGCUUAUAAACGAGAAUAUUCCGAGGAUUUAACUGACUUGGAAUCAACUUUGUUGGAACCAAUUUUAAACUAUGUUGAUGUCAGUUAUCAAUACAAGCACUUCAAAAACACCCAAUAUAGAAAAUUAUACAUUUUGCAUGCAUUAAAUCAUAUUUAUAAAACCAGAGAUAGAAUUUUGAAAAACACAACAAAGUUACACAGCUAUAGGGAAUCACUCAAGAGCAAAGAAGGAGAGGUUGAAGAUGAAGAACCAGAAUAUCGUGACCAAGGAUUCACCAGACCAAAAGUAUUAAUUCUCUUGCCUACUAGAGAAGCAUGUUAUGAAGUAGUAGAAACCAUGAUUCAAUUAUCGGGUACUGAACAACAGGAAAACAAGAAAAAAUUCACUACUCAAUUCCAUACUCCCGCUGAACCACCAAAUAACAAACCUGAUGAUUUCAUAGACGCAUUCAAGGGAAACAAUAACGAUUUCUUUUGCAUUGGGAUGAAAUUCACUCGUAAGUCACUUAAAUUGUACUCGUCAUUCUAUUCAUCUGAUAUUAUCUUGGCUUCACCUAUUGGAUUAUCAAUGAUUUUGGAAAAUCCAGAUAAGAAGAAACGUCAAUAUGAUUUCAUUUCCUCUAUUGAAGUAUUGAUUAUUGAUCGUGCAAACCAAAUUGAAAUGCAAAGUUGGGAUCACGUCAACACAGUGAUGAAAUAUGUUAAUAAAAUUCCUAAAGAAUUCCAUGAUGCAGAUUUCAGUAGAAUUAGAAUGUGGUCCAUUAACGAUCAAGCAAAGUUAUUACGUCAAACUUUAGUAUUUUCCGAAUUUCAAACACCCAUGAUCAACAAUUUAAUUUCACAUAAAUCGUUCAAUUUAGCUGGUAAGCUAAAGUUUAAACCAAUAAUCACUCAAGAAAACAGUAUUAUGAACUCGAUUGGAUUGAAAAUCAAACAAAUCUUUCAAAGAUUCGAGAGUCCUAGUCCAAUGCUGGACCCAGAUUCAAGAUUUAAAUUCUUCACCAACACAAUCUUGCCUUCAUUAUUAAAGUCAUCUUCAUACGAAGACGGGAUCAUGAUUUUCAUCCCUUCAUAUUUUGACUAUCUUCGUGUUAAAUCCCACUUGAAAGCCAACACCAAGUUUAAUUUUGCGUCUAUUGACGAAUACACCUCGCAGUCCAAAUUAACCAGAACAAGACAACAAUUCACCAGUGGGAAAAUCAAGAUCUUAUUGUACACCGAAAGAUUACAUUACUUCAGAAGAUUUGAAAUAUCUGGAGUGAAAACAUUAGUUAUGUUCGGUCUACCAUCCAACCCAGUCUUCUACAAGGAGCUCAUCCGAUUCAUUGGGAAAUCCGUCUUCAAACAAGAAUGUGACUUGGAUUUAGCCUUGGUGAAAAUCUUGUUCUCGAAAUGGGAUGCCGUGACAUUGGAAAGAAUUGUCGGGAACGAAAGAGCACCAGUAUUGUGUAAUUCCGUCAAUGAAUCGUAUGAAUUUAGAUAG